GCAUAACUAUGCUGGAAUGUCACCGUGAAAUGGUGAAAUAAUUAUCUUUGUGUUUAUAUUUUGAUAGGGAGUAAUCAUAUGUACUUAUAUUUUAAUUGGUUGAUAAGUGUACUUGAAUACUUGCUUUACAGAUUACGUGGACCGCGAGAAAUACAUGCUUUCGAUAUGGUCUGUGAAUAGAGUAAUGAAUGUUCAUAUAAAAAUCUUAUUUUUUGCUAAAGCAAGAGAAAUUGUCGGCAAAAGCUCAGAUUUCAUUAAUAUAACGCCUUCUCUGACUUACCAAGAACUGUUGGAUAAAAUUGUUUCCUUCUAUUCUCUUGAAGAUAUAAAAGAUAACUUGAUUUUGUCUGUUAAUGAAGAAUUCUGUGAAGAUACCACAAUCACCUUGAAAGCUGGUGACGAAAUAGCAGUUAUUCCUCCUUUGAGCGGUGGCUAAAACAAACUUUUCAAAAUGAAUCACUUGAAACUAACAAAGGAAAAAUUGUCCUCCGAUUCAAUAAUUGAUUUAGUAAAGUGCAAUACUUGUGGAGCAAUUUCCCUGUUCAUAGGGACUACAA